CGGAGGUGGUCAUUUAUAAGUGUCCUUCAGAUGGCUCCUGGGAGCAUCACCAAUUACUCUUCUUCCUCCUCUUCCUCUUCCUCCUCUUCCACAGCAGGGCCAGCAGAGCCCCCUGAGUAUGGAAAGCCAGGCCCGACCUCAAACAGGGUCAUGGUGACCUGUCGCCACCCCACAGUGCUGCGCAUGGUGCUGGAGGCCCUCCAGGCAGGGGAACAGCGCCGGGGCACCUCAGUGGCAGUCAUCAAGCUCUACAUCCUGCACAAGUACCCCACAGUCGAUGUCACCUGCUUCACGUACCUACUGAAGCAGGCCCUUGCCACAGGCAUGCGCUGUGGCCUCCUUGCCAGGCCCAUCAACUCCAAGGCCAGGGGUGCCACUGGCAGCUUCAAGCUUGUCCCCAAGCGUCAGAAGAAGCUGCAGUGCAGUAGGAAAAGUACUCGGACAGGGCCUGCUGGCUCCAGCAAGAAAAAGAUUGCAGAACCAUGUGAAGCAAGGGCUCCCCGCAAACAAGCCAAAGCCCUAGAGACAGCCCCUCAGGGAGGCUGCAAGGCGAAAGGCACUGGGCCACAGCAGGUUGUAGCCAAGAAGGACACCCCCCCCCAAAGUCAGCUGGGGCUUCCUCAACUGUUCACAAGCUUGGCAGGAAGCCCAAGGUCCUAG